CACAGUUUGCUGGGCGGUCGUUGCCUUGCACGAGCUCCAUGAAGGCGUUGGCAGUGGACGGAAACACACAGGAACGAAGGGAGCAUGCUGCAGACUACACCCUUGUCUCGUCGCCGAUGAAGUUGAGGUGCAAGAAUGCGGACGUGCUAUCCACCGAGGACCAAGUAGCGACCAACGGCGACGACGACGUCGAACCGUACCGGUUUGUGUACCUGAACAAUCCGUUGGAAAACGCCAAGCUCAAGUACAUCGGCAACACAAUCACAACGUCGCGGUACACGCUGUUUUCGUUCCUGCCCAAGGUGUUGUGGUACCAGUUCAGCAAACUCGCCAACGCGUACUUCCUCAUGAUUUCAGUCAUGCAAUGCAUCAAGCGCAUCUCCAACACGGACGGGUUCCCGGCGUCAUUGCCUGCCUUGACGAUCAUCGUCUUGAUCGACAUGGUGUUCAUUGCCAUGGAAGAUUACCGACGACACACGUCCGACCGAAAAACGAACGACAUCCCCGUGCAUCGCUUCGACGCUGCCAACGGGACCUUCGAGGAGCGGCCGUCCCGGUCGUUGGUUGUCGGCGACAUCAUCAAGAUCUUCAACCGAGAAGUCAUCCCGGCGGACUGUGUGAUCCUGGGCGCGUUUGAGCAAAACCCAGACCAACCUCGAGGCAUUUGCUACGUCGAAACCAAGAGUUUGGACGGCGAGACCAACCUCAAGAUGCGACAAGGCGUCGAGUGCGUGUACACGACCCUUCGCUCCGACGCCGACUUGGCGCACUUGCACGGCCACGUGGAAUGCGAAGUCCCCAACAACUCGAUCCACCACUUCAACGGCACCCUCGCACUCGGCAGCAGCCACAACGAAUGCAUUGGCGCCAACUCCAUCUUGCUGCGAGGAUGCACGAUCCGCAACACCGAGUUUGUGUUUGGGUUGGUCGUCAACACAGGACGCGACACCAAGAUCAUGAUGGCGUCCCUGAACAAGGACACGGUCAAGUGGAGCAACAUGGAAUUGCGACUCAACCGACAGAUUUUGUACAUUGUCGCACUUAUGAUUGUGCUUUGUGUGACGGGGGCAUCCAUCGGCACCAAGUGGAACUUGAAGAACUUGUCCCUGGACCGCAAUGAAAAGGCGUGGUACUUGUAUCGAGGGCCGAGGGACCGCGUGCUCACGUCGCCGACUGAAAACUACUUUAUGCUGUGCCUGUACUACUUUUUGCUGCUCAACUCGUUCAUUCCCGUGUCGCUGUACGUGAGCAUGACCAGCGUCAAGUUCAUUCAGGCGUACUUUAUGAAUGCCGACGUCAAGAUGUACCACCCAGACACGGACACACCGUGCCAAGUGCGCACGAUGGCACUGAACGAAGAGCUCGGCCAGAUCAACUACGUGUUUACUGACAAAACCGGCACCCUCACGUGCAACGUGAUGGAGUUCCGCAAGUGUUCGAUCCACGGCAUUUCGUAUGGAGUGGGCGACACGGAAGUGGGUCUCGCUGCCAAAAUGCGCCAAAACGUCACGUACAACCCAGCGCAUGCGUCGCAGACCCGCCCCGUGGUCGCGCCUUUUGUCAAUUUCCAGGACGAUUCGAUCUUCGAGGCGUCCACGUGCCCGCACUUGGCGCUCUUCUGGGAGCAUUUGGCCGUGUGCCACACCGUCAUGCCCGAGUCGGCCAGCGACGGCACGCUGCGCUUGUCGGCGUCUUCCCCCGACGAGCAAGCGCUGGUCGCUGCCGCCGCGUGCUUUGGACACUCAUUUUACGCGCGGUCCCCGGGGGAAGCGCUGGUUCAGACGCCAUCCGGCGCGGUGACGUACAAGAUCUUGGACGUGCUCGAGUUCAACAGCACUCGAAAGCGCAUGUCGGUGGUGGCCGAGAAGCCCGACGGCAGCCUCGCACUGCUGUGCAAAGGCGCGGACACGGUCAUCUACGAGCGCCUCGCGGACACAUCGGACGCGGCAGUGCUACGGGUGCGGGACCAGACGUUGGAGCAUAUGGAAACAUUUGCAUCCGAGGGGCUACGGACGCUUGUGAUUGCGCAUGCGGUGGUCGAUCGCGCUAAGUACACGGCAUGGUCGGCCGAGUACAAGAAAGCGUCCAACAACAUGGCGGAGAUCGAAAAGCGGCGCCGUGGGGACCCCAACCAGAUUGAUGCGUUGAUGGACGCGAUGGAAACAGAUUUGGAAGUGCUCGGCGCGACGGCCAUCGAGGACAAGCUGCAGUCGGGCGUGCCGGACGCCAUCGCCAAGCUGCGCGACGCGUCGAUCAAGGUGUGGAUGCUCACGGGGGACAAGGAGGAGACAGCGAUUAACAUUGGGUUUGCCUGCCAGUUGCUGCAUAUGGACAUGGACAUGGUGGUGAUUUCAGGCAACAACCACCACGACAUUGACCAGAUUGUGGCCACGCUCGAGAAGCAUCAGCCCACGAUCAUGACGGACAAGACAACGGACAAGGCGUUGGUUGUGGACGGCGAAACGCUGGGUCUGGCGUUGCUGCACUGCCCCGCGCUGCUGCUGAACGUUGCUAAGCAAUGCGCGGCCGUGAUUGCGUGCCGCGUGUCGCCCGCCCAGAAAGCCGAGCUCGUGACCCUCGUCAAGGACAACGUCCGCGGGUCCAUCACCCUCGCGAUCGGAGAUGGCGCGAACGAUGUGUCUAUGAUUCAAGCCGCCCAUGUAGGCAUUGGCAUCUCGGGCCAGGAAGGCAUGCAGGCGGCAAACUCGAGCGAUUACUCGAUUGCGCAGUUUCGGUUUUUGAUCCGGCUGCUGUUUGUGCACGGCCGGUGGAACUACGUGCGCAUGUCGACGCUGAUCUUGUACAUUUUCUACAAGAAUGUCAUGAUGAACAUGACGCAGUACGCGUUCAUGGCGUACUCUGGGUUUUCCGGCCAAAAGUUCUUUCUGGAGUGGGGGCUACAGGGGUACAACUUGGUGUUCACGGCGCUCCCGAUUGUGCUCGUGGGCGCGCUCGACCAAGACGUGCCCGACUACCUCUGCGAAGCCUUCCCCAAGCUCUAUAGCGUCGGCCAACUCAAUCGCAAAUUCAACGGGAUCGUCGUUGGCCGGUGGAUCUUGGCUUGUGUUUGGGAGUCGGCGGUCAUUUGCAUCUUUACCAUCUACGGACUCAAGCUCGACAACGCGUCGGUGCCAAUGUGGACAUUUGGGGCGUGUGCGUUUACGAUUGUCAUCCUCGUCGUGAACCUCAAGCUCAUGCUCAACCAGCACCUCCACACAGUGUGGCAUGGCCUCGUGUACGUUGCUUCGAUCGGACUCUGGUGGGUCCUGGCGGCCGUCGUGUCGUCGUCCACGUUUAGCUUCUUUUGGCGCAAUGCGUUUUCGCUGGUCAAAGGCCACGGCUUCUGGUUGCUUGUGCCAGUGGCCCUCGUGGCAGCGCUGGCGCGAGACGUGUAUUGGAAGGGCUUUCUGCGCAACUUUAACCCGUCGUAUGCCAACUUGGCGCAGGAAGUGCACUGCUUCCACUUGGCUGACCGCGCGGCGUACCUGUUGCAGUACCCCCCGCCAAGCAUGUUUGCCUCGAGGGGCGAUGUCGAGAGCAGCCCACACCCGGUCUUGGACUCGCCUGCCCACGUCCAUCAUCGCAUAAGCGUGCGCGGUGUCGCAUUUAGCUACGACGCAGAGACUGUCAUGGCGCAGUCGUUUCUGGCCACGCAGCACCCCGAAGUGCGUCCAGGGCCAGGGCUGCAAGUGAGUUUUAAACGACAUGCGAGUAUUGGCUCGCUGGCGUUCCAGCAAGACGAGCCCUACGUGGCGUCACCACACCGUGCCACGUCAUCACCGUCCACAACCCCGUCGUCGUUGCGCAGUUUUAUCAUCAACCACUUGCGGACAACGGGCACUCUUGAAACCAACCGACGCGGCGGCGGCAGUCGGCGGCUGCGAAGGUCAACGAGUAUGGGCGACGGCGACAACGACCCCGAACAUGUGGCCGGCGGACUGCGACAGAGUGACGUGAGCCACGUCCUGCGGCGACAUUUGAACUCGGUGGCCAACAGACCGAGUUUUCUCCAGGAAAAACCCACGCGGCGUCGAUCCACCACGCUCAUGUAGUACUAGUUAGUCGGUACUAACUAACUGUACUACUACAGUGGUGGGUGUGGAUAUAGAACGACUAACUAAUGAAAUCUUUAUAUACCCAACUACUUAUCGGCGUGGAUGUCCAAGGACAGUUGAAACACUUUCUGCGCGCGCCGGGCCCGCAAAAGGGACACGAUGCUCCCCACGAAUGCCACCAGGUACAAGAACGCGGCGAGGAAGAUGUUGGCCGCGAGCGACGACUUGGCGUGGCCUUCUUUGGGUUUCACGCGGAUGUAGAUGGAGUUGGAGGCGACGGUCGAGCCCAGGAACAGUAGGAAGAAGAAGCCAAAUAUACUGAUGAUCGCACAAAGUAUCGCGUACGGAGACGGCAUCGGCCCUUUUGACGAGUUCGACGACACCAAGUCUUCCCAUCCUUUGAGCUCGUCCGUGUCCAAACUUGUGUCGCUGCAUGGAGACGAGUCCUGUGUGAGAUGGCUCAGUUGAGCGUACCCUAGUCGUGUCCGAGUGGUGUGGGCCGCGUCGGGGAUGUCGAACUCUUUGACAGCUUCCUUGAGUUUCAUCAUAUCCAGCCGUUGUUGUCGAAGUUGGGUCAACGUGGGGUCUGGAGGAGUGUCGACGUGUGGUUCCUGUCUUCGUCGGAUAUGUUGGUCAGGUAUCUUGGCUGGCCAGUGCUGUAAUCUUCCGUACGAGAAGACUCGGGAUGGUGUUGCGCUCGCCGGGAAACUGUUGAAUAUGGAAAAACACAUUUUAU